AUGAAGAAGACAUCAUCGUUCGAGUGGAACAAUCAGGCAGAUGAAGCGUUCUGGGAUCUCAAGCGUAUGCUCUCCACCGCACCCAUCCUGGUCGUGCCGGCCAACAAGGAGCCGCAGUUGCUAUACAUUACCGCCACCUCGUGGACGGUCACCACGGUGUUGGUGGUUGAGCGACCAGAGGAGGGCAACAUCCAGUCUGCCCAGCACCCGGUCUACUACCUGAGCGAGGUGCUUUCCGCCUCCAAGAAGAAUUACCCGCACUACCAGAAGAUGUGCUACGGCGUGUACCUCACUGCCAAGAAGAUGAAGCAGUACUUUCAAAAACAUGUCAUCACCGUGGCGCUGGACGACUUCCUCGCCGACUGGACAAAUACCCAGUACCUGCCGCCGCUGCCGGAUUCGACGCAUUGGCGCAUGCGCUUUGACAGCUCCAAGAUGCGCUCCGGCUUGGGAGCUGGCAUCAUCCACUUCGCCUCCAACAAUGCUGCCGAGUACGAAGCCCUUGUGCACGGCCUCCGGCUUGCCAAGGAACUCGACGUCCGACGCAUCCUAUGCUACGGCGACUCGGAUCUGGUGGUGCAGCAGCCCUCUGGCAACUUCGACGACUGCGAGUUCCGCCAUGUCUCGUGCGCGGAGAACGAAGCCGCCGACACGCUAGACAAGAUUGGAUCCACUCGGCAAGCCAUCCCGUCCGGCGUCUCCCUCGAGCACUUGUGCAAGCCAUCUGCUUUGAUGCUAGCGACAACCUCCCAUACCGCCGAAGUCUCCAAACUAAAGCGGAGGUUGGAGCGGGCUGAUGAAGAGCUUAUCCGCGCCGACAAACAACUGGAGGAUAAGCAAGGCGACGCUUCUGAGGUCGAAUCCCUCAAGAACGCACCGGCUGAAGCCCAGAAGAAAGCGGAAGAGGAACGAGCCGCCCGCCAAAAACACGAAUCAACGGUGGAGGUAGUCCAGCAAGAGCUCAAGGACGCCAUAAGUAAAUGUGAGUCCUUGGAGUGCAAGGUUGCGGAUCGAGAUUCCGAACUUGCUAAGGCCCUCCAAAGCGCACAGGAAGCCCGGGUUGAGGCCAAGGGCGCCCUCCGGGAGAUCCAAGAGCGCUGCGUCGAGCAAGACAAGGGCAUAGAGAUCCUCCUCAACAUACAUAAGGGCGAGUGCGGGCACCACGCCGCCUCCAAGUCCUUGGUGGCCAAGGCUUUCUGCAAUGGCUUCUACUGGCCCACGGCCCUCAAAGACGCCGGUCGCUCAUCCUCGAGUGGGCUGGACAUGGUGGGGCCCUUCAAGACCGCUCGAGGCGGCAUGAUGCACCUGCUGGUGGCGGUCGACAAGUUCACCAAGUGGAUCGAGGCGCGGCCGAUCAAGCAGCACGACGGGCCGACGACCGUCCGGUUCGUCAAAGACAUCAUGGUGCGCUAUGGCGUCUCGCACAGCAUCAUCACGGAUAAUGGCACCAACUUUGCCAAGGGCGCUCUAGUGCAAUACUGCUCCGUCUCCGGCAACCGGCUCGACUUGGCCUCCGUCGCUCAUCCUCAAUCCAACGCCCAGGUCGAGCAGGCCAACGGUCUCAUCCUAUCCGGCAUCAGCUGGCUCGACGAGCUGCUGGCCGUCCUUUGGAGUCUCCGGACAACGCCAAACCGGUCGACUGGGUUCACCCCAUUCUUCCUCAUCUACGGAGCCGAAUCCGUCAUCCCAACCGACAUCGAGUUCGACUCGCCGCGAGUCACAAUGUACACAGAAGCUCAAGCCAAAGAAGCCCGUGAAGACGACAUCAGCCUACUCGAAGAAGCACACCUAUUGGCCCUUAGCCGAUCGACCAUUUACCAGCAAAGCCUGAGGCACCACCACAACAAGAAAAUCAAGCCCCUAGCAUUCCGUGAGGGAGACCUCGUCCUCCGGCUUGUCCAGCAGCAAGCCGGCCAGCACAAGUUGGCCUCCCCAUGGGAGGGCCCUUUCAUCUUCAGUAAAGCCCCGUGUGACCGCAACGCCUACUACCUCAUCGAUGCACGCAAGCCAAACAAAUGCAAGAGAGACACCGCCAGCAAAGAAACAAGCUGGCCUUGGAAUGCAGAGCUCCUCCACCCGUUUUACAGUUAG